GACCUUCUCAGUACUACAGGACACUCUGAUAGACCCCUCCAUGACUCUCUCUCUCUUCCUAUCUGGAGUUCUCAAGAUUUCCAUGAGCUAGUCCUGAGUGUAUAACUCUAGCUCAUACUUUCAUCACCCACUCUCUCUCUCUUUCUCUCUCUAACUUAUUUAGUCGGCAACAAAAAAAAAAAACAAGAAACCCAGUUCUAGAAUCUUUACUUGGAGAGAGGAAAAAAGAGAGACAAGUUGCUGACAUGGUUGUCUGAAUUUUCCCACUUCAAGAUUGUUUCCUGAAUCUUCGGUGACUUGUCUUGUCAUGGCUCCGAUGCUUCUCUGACACUAGUUCACCUCUCAUUGCUUGAAAUCUCAAUUCUUUUAGCUGUUGCAUGCUUCUUUGAUUGAAGUAAAUAAAUGUCUUAGCUAUGUGGAGCUUCUUGUGACUCUUUGCUAUACACUCAGAUCUAUGGAACGUCUCAGAAAGGGAAGAGAGUAACUAAGAAGCGUGUGGGUUGACUUUGAAGAGAAGUGUUUUGGUUCUGUGUGAAGGAUGAGAAUGUCUGAAAGGAGAGCAAGGGAAUGGAAUCUCCUUGCAAAUCUUGUGCUUUUCACUAAUCUAUGGCAUCUUGCUUCAUCUCUUGGCUCAAUGUCUUCAAUUGCUAUUUCUUAUGGAGAAGGUGGUUCUGUGUUCUGUGGUCUGAAAUCUGAUGGGUCUCAUCUUGUGGGUUGCUAUGGAUCCAACGCAGCGAUCCUCUAUGGAACUCCUGCUCAUUUCCAGUUCAUUGGUUUAACUGGUGGAGAUGGGUUCAUGUGUGGGCUUCUGAUGCAGUCUCACCAGCCUUAUUGUUGGGGAAACAGUGGGUUUAUUCAAAUGGGAGUUCCUCAGCCAAUGAUCAAAGGAGCUGAGUACUUAGAACUUAGUGCUGGAGAUUACCAUCUCUGCGGUUUGAGGAAGCCAAGCCAAAAGAGUAGCAACAUUGGUUCUUCUUCUUCGCUUGUUGAUUGUUGGGGAUACAAUAUGACAAGAAACUUUGUCUUUGAUAAGCAGAUUCACUCACUCUCUGCUGGCUCUGAGUUCAACUGUGGACUGUCCUCUAAGGACAAGUCUGUUUUCUGUUGGGGAGACGAGAAUAGCAGCCAAGUCAUCAGUUUAAUCCCAAAGGAAACAAAGUUUCAGAAGAUUGCAGCUGGUGGAUACCACGUCUGUGGCAUUCUAGACGGGUUAAACUCCAGAGUUCUCUGUUGGGGAAAGAGCUUAGAGUUUGAAGAAGAGAUCUCAGGGAGCACAAAUGCAGCAGACAAGAUUCCUGAUUUACCACCAAAAGAGCCACUCUUAACAGUGGUUGGUGGGAAGUUCUAUGCCUGUGGGAUCAAACGGUAUGAUCGUAGUGCAGUUUGUUGGGGUUUCUUUGUGAACAGGAGUACAACUCCUCCUAAAGGCAUGGGGUUCUAUGAUCUUGCAGCAGGGAACUACUUCACUUGUGGAGUUCCUACAGGGAACUCUAUGCCGCCGGUUUGUUGGGGUCUUGGUUUCCCUGCUUCUAUCCCUUUAGCUGUCUCACCAGGGCUGUGCAGAGAAGCUCCUUGCCCUCCAGGAAGUCAUGUGCUCGGUGGCCCUUGCAAAUCUCCUGGCUCUCAUGUUUGCUUGCCAUGUGGUACUAGUUGCCCUCCUGAGAUGUAUCAGAAGAGUGAAUGCACAGAGAGAUCUGAUCAGAUUUGUGUCUACAACUGCUCAAGUUGCGUCUCACCUGAGUGUUCCUCAAACUGUUCUUCUUCUGCUUCAUUGACUAGUGAGGGCAAGUCCAGAGGGAAGUUUUGGUCGCUGCAGCUACCUAUUGCAACUGCAGAGAUUGGCUUUGCGUUGCUUUUAACAGCAGUUGUUUCAAUAUCAGCGGCUUUAUACGUUCGGUAUAGGUUGAGGCAUUGUAGGUGCUCAGAGAGUAGUGAUGCAAGGUCUUCUAAAGAUUCAGCAUUCACCAAAGAUAAUAGCCGUCCGGAUCUUGAUAAGCUGCAGAAGCGCAGAAGGGCUCGAGUGUUCACUUACGAGGAGCUGGAGAAAGCUGCAGAAGGAUUCAAAGAAGAGUCAAUAGUAGGGAAAGGGAGCUUCUCGUGCGUCUACAAAGGAGUGCUGAGAGAUGGAACCACAGUUGCCGUGAAGAAGGCCAUAAUGUCAUCAGAUAAACAGAAGAACUCAAACGAGUUUCGCACGGAGCUUGAUCUGUUGUCAAGACUCAACCACGCUCAUCUACUUAGCCUUCUUGGUUACUGCGAGGAAGGAGGAGAGAGGCUUCUUGUUUACGAGUUUAUGGCGCACGGCUCGCUCUACAACCAUCUUCAUGGAAAGAACAAGGCCUUGAAAGAGCAGCUGGAUUGGGUCAAAAGAGUGACCAUUGCUGUCCAAGCAGCUAGAGGAAUCGAAUACUUGCAUGGCUACGCUUGUCCUCCUGUGAUCCACCGUGAUAUCAAAUCAUCAAACAUACUUAUAGACGAAGAACACAACGCUCGUGUAGCUGACUUUGGUCUCUCCUUGCUUGGUCCUGUUGAUAGUGGCUCUCCUUUAGCAGAGCUGCCAGCAGGCACUCUCGGCUACCUUGAUCCUGAGUACUAUCGACUACACUAUCUCACAACCAAGUCUGAUGUCUACAGCUUUGGAGUCUUGCUUCUCGAGAUCCUAAGCGGAAGAAAAGCCAUUGACAUGCACUACGAAGAAGGGAACAUAGUAGAAUGGGCGGUUCCUUUGAUCAAAGCUGGAGAUAUUACAGCAAUCUUGGACCCGGUCUUGAAACAACCUACCGAGAUAGAAGCUCUGAGAAGAAUCGUGAGCGUGGCGUGCAAAUGCGUGAGGAUGAGAGGCAAAGACAGACCGUCGAUGGAUAAAGUGACAACAUCACUGGAGAGAGCACUCGCGCAGCUGAUGGGGAACCCGAGCAGCGAGCAGCCGAUAUUACCAACAGAAGUGGUUCUUGGGAGCAGCAGAAUGCACAAGAAGUCAUGGAGGAUCGGUUCAGAGAACACUGAGUUCAGAGGCGGGUCGUGGAUAACUUUCCCUAGCGUGACAUCGUCGCAGAGGAGGAAGUCUUCAGCGUCUGAAGGAGAUGUGGUGGAGGUGGAGGAGGAGGAUGAAGGAAGGAAACAACAAGAGGCGUUGAGGAGUCUUGAAGAGGAGAUAGGACCAGCUUCUCCUGGACAGAGCUUGUUCUUGCAUCACAAUUUCUGAAAAAGAAGUCUUCUCUCGUCGUGACAUAUAAUAUAUAUAACUUAAUCACUCUGAUGUAAAAUGUGUUUGCAAGGCAUGAAUGUAACAAUGAGAGAGAAAGAGACU